UGUUUGAUUAUUGUAAUGAGUGAACGGAUACAUUUAGCAGGCUAUAUGCUAUUCGGUGAACGAGGAUUUGGCGAUGGGAUUGUGUUUAGUUGUAUAGGCUAGCCGUCUGAACGCAUGAGCAACGCAGGUUGGAAUGUUGUGGUACCAUUCCGAAGCCUUAUGAACACAAUCCGAAAUAUGAUCACUGCGGGAUGCUGCCUGCAACGCGACGCGAUGCUCGUCAGAUUCUGGACUCUCAUGGCUGUCGCGCGGCGAAGAUGGAAAAUAUUCCUCGUCAUUAACAUAAUUGCCGUGGCGGGGUUUAUGUUUUUCUGGGCUAAGUGCAGCUCUAAUACAACCACCGCCAUCGGCCACGACUCUCACAGCAAUGUGAAAAGGCACAACCGCUACAACCACACUGUUCAGAGGUCAAGCAUAAGUCAUGAAGCCCUGCUGAAGAGACUUUCAUCUCUGGAGGACGUAGUCUACAGACAGCUUAAUGGUUUAUCAAAGUCGCUUGGACUUACUGAAGGUUUCGGAGGUAGAGGGAAAGGGGGCUUGCCUGCGACUCUAAGUCCUGCCGAGGAGGCUAAUGCCAAAUACCUGAGGGAAAAGUACGGGUACAAUGCCUACCUUAGCGACCAAAUUUCACUGGACCGAUCCAUCCCAGACUUCCGCCCAAGCAAGUGUAAGAAGUCCACGUACCCAAGGGAUCUCCCACAAAUCUCCCUCAUCUUCAUCUUUGUGAAUGAAGCCCUGUCUGUGCUCCUGCGCUCCAUCCAUUCAGCUGUCAAUCACACCCCAGCACACCUGCUCAAGGAAAUCAUUCUGGUGGAUGACAACAGUGAUGAUGACCAGUUGAAGGCUCCGCUGGAGGACUACACGAGCAGGCGCUAUCCCGGCCUGGUGAAGGUCGUCCGGAAUCAGAAGCGGGAGGGGCUCAUCCGUGCUCGAGUCCAGGGCUGGAAAGCAGCCGCAGGGGAUGUGACAGGAUUCUUUGACGCCCAUGUGGAAUUCACACCCCUUUGGGCGGAACCGGUCCUGGCACGAAUAAGAGAGGACCGGCGGAGGAUCGUCCUCCCCUCCAUCGAUAACGUCAGGCACGACACUUUCGCACUGGAGAAGUACGCGAGUUCCACACACAGCUACGACUGGCAACUCUGGUGCAUGUACAUGUACCCGCCUAAAGACUGGUGGGAUGCGGGAGAUCUGACGGCCCCCAUCAGGUCUCCUGCAAUGAUUGGUUGUUCUUUUGUGGUGCACCGUGAGUACUUUGGGGAGCUGGGCUUGCUGGACGACGGCAUGGAUGUUUACGGGGGAGAGAACGUUGAAUUGGGAAUUAGGGUCUGGCUGUGUGGCGGCAGUAUGGAGGUGUUGCCCUGCUCCAGGGUUGCUCACGUCGCACGAAUGAAGAAGCCGUACGUCAGCGAUAUCACGCCCCACGCCCGACGCAACGCCCUGCGCGUGGCCGAAGUCUGGAUGGACGAGUACAAGUCCAAUGUUUACCUGGCCUGGAACCUCCCCAUGAGUAAUCAUGGAAUUGACUACGGUGACAUCUCCCAGAGACUAGCCCUGAGGAGAAGCCUGCACUGUAAAAACUUUGAGUGGUACCUAGACAAUGUCUAUCCAGAGAUGAGGCGAUACAACGACACUGUUUUUUAUGGGGAAAUUCGUAAUAGCAAAGCGAGCAAUCUGUGCAUGGACCAUGGACCGCUGGAGAACCACACGGCGAUUCUCCAUCCAUGCCAUGGCUGGGGCCCACAGCUGGGCAGGUACACCACGGAUGGGCUUCUGUACCUGGGUUCUCUGGGCAGUCCAGGGGCGGAGGCCAGAUGUGUGGUGGAUGAUAGCGUCAGCCACAAGCCACAGAUGCUGAAAUGUGAGGAGAUCUCCAACGAGCAAACGAAAAGGUGGCAUUUCUCCCAGAAUGACUCCUUCAUCAACCAGGCUACCGGCCGCUGCCUGGAGGUGGCCAGUCUGAACGACGUGCUUGUUUUACAGCCCUGCACUGGGCAGAAAUGGAGCUUCAAAUACACCAUGAAACAGCCAUGACCGUAGAUCAGCUGUCACUGUCCGUCUUCUUUCCCCAAGUGGCAUGCACUGCUCCUGCCGCCGUCCUGUCAACUCCAUGAAAUAGACUAGCGCGACACGUCAUAGACACUAGAAUGGCGUUUUUGGAUUGGGACACUUCUAUUUGAACGUUGUCUUUCCACAAAUACUUUUUUUAGGGAAUGAGCUGAUUUUUGGGGAAUGAGGCGUGGUGUUG